AUGGAGUUAAAUACAAGUUAUGACAUUGAGCUUUCACCAAUUGCAGAAAGAGCAAAGCUUCAGCCAUUGCCUCAAAAUCAAAUUGAUCCAACAAAGGCCAAGUUUCCAUGGUGUUUGGUUUGGACUCCAUUUCCUGUGGUCUCAUGGCUGGCUCCCUUCUUUGGUCAUGUUGGCAUUUGUAGGGAGGAUGGAGCUGUUAUAGACUUUUCAGGAUCACAUGAACUGAAUGUUGAUAAUUUUAGGUUUGGUCCAGUGGCAAGAUACGUCCAACUUGACCCAGAACAGUGUUGCUUCCCCCCUAACCUAUCUGCACACAAAUGCAAGGAUCAUUAUCGACAUGUUGAUUUGGGUACUGCACUCACGUGGGAUCAAGCAUUACAAUCUAGUAUGCGUGAAUAUGAGACCAAAACUCACAACAUUUUCACUUGUAACUGCCACUCCUUCGUUGCUAACUGCCUGAAUAGGAUGUGCUAUGGUAGAUCAAUGGACUGGAACAUGGUGACUGUAGCAGCUCUCAUUCUAUACAAGGGGCACUGUGUUGGUUUCUGGGGAAUUGUAAGGUCUUUCCUGCCUUUUGUUGCGGUUGCUUGCUCAGGAGUCCUCAUGGUUGGAUGGCCCUUCUUACUUGGGCUACUGAUUGUGGCUCUACUUGUAUUUGGGUGGUUUGUUCUGGCUACUUACCUUGGAAACAUCACUGAGUGCUAG